UUAACAGCUGUGUGUUCAGAGGCUCCUCUGCAUGAGGAGAAGUUUGUUCUAUGGCCUCAGAGCUGGGUGCCAGGGAGGAUGGCAGCUGCUCAGAGCUGGCAAAACCCCUCUAUCUGCAAUACCUGGAGAAAGCUCUGCAACUGGAUCAGUUUUUACGACAGACAUCAGCCAUCUUUAACAGGAGUAUAUCCAGCGAUGAAAGUGAAGAUGGAUUGGAUGACAAUCCUUUGCUGCCUCAGUCUGGGGAUCCCCUGAUGCAGGUUAAGGAAGAGCCUCCGAACUCUUUGCUUGGGGAGUCUUCUGGAGCAGGGAAUUCUGGGAUGCUGAACACACAUUCCCUGAAUGGAGUACUGCAGCCAGAACCAAAGUCUGAAAAAGGGAGCUUGUAUAACUUCUCCAAACUGAAGAAAAGCAGAAAGUGGCUGAAGAGUAUCCUUCUGAGUGAUGACUCCAGUGACACAGAUUCACUAAGUGAUGAGGAUGGAGAGGAGGAAGAAGAGUUUUCUCUUUCAAGGGAGGAACUUCACAAUAUGCUGCGAUUACACAAAUAUAAGAAACUGCAUCAAAGUAAAUAUAGCAAAGACAAAGAGUUGCAGCAAUAUCAGUACUACAGUGCAGGACUGCUGUCUACACAUGAUCCUUACUACGAGCAGCAGCGCCACCUGCUAGGACCCAAGAAAAAGAAGUUUAAAGAAGAGAAAAAAUUAAAAGGCAAGUUGAAAAAAGUAAAGAAAAAGAGGAGACGGGAUGAAGAGCUCUCUUCAGAGGAGUCACCACAACGCCACCAUCACCAGACCAAAGUUUUUGCCAAGUUUUCUCAUGAUACACCACCACCUGGGUCCAAGAAAAAGCAUUUGACUAUUGAGCAACUUAACGCACGUCGGCGGAAAGUGUGGCUGAGCAUUGUUAAAAAGGAGUUGCCAAAGGCAUACAAGCAAAAAGCCUCAGCCCGCAACCUUUUCUUAACCAACAGCAAAAAGCUUGCCCAUCAGUGCAUGAGAGAGGUACGUCGAGCUGCUAUCCAGGCCCAGAAAAACUGUAAGGAAACUCUGCCACGGGCACGUCGUCUUACCAAGGAGAUGCUUCUCUACUGGAAAAAGUACGAAAAGGUGGAAAAAGAACAUCGCAAACGAGCUGAGAAAGAGGCUCUGGAGCAGCGCAAGCUGGAUGAAGAGAUGAGAGAGGCUAAGAGGCAGCAGCGAAAACUUAACUUCCUGAUCACACAAACUGAAUUAUAUGCCCAUUUUAUGAGUCGUAAACGAGAUAUCGGACAUGAUGGAAUACAGGAGGAAAUCCUGCGCAAACUGGAAGACAGCUCUACCCAAAGACAGAUUGAUAUUGGUGGAGGAGUAGUGGUCAACAUCACCCAAGAGGAUUAUGAUAGUAACUAUUACAAGGCCCAAGCUCUGAAGAAUGCUGAGGAUGCUUACCAGAUUCAUCAGGCCCAGACCAGAUCAUUUGAUGAAGAUGCAAAGGAGAGUCGGGCAGCUGCCUUACGGGCUGCUAACAAGUCUGGUACUGGCUUUGGAGAGAGCUACAGUUUAGCAAACCCAUCUAUCCGGGCAGGAGAAGAUAUUCCACAGCCUACUAUUUUCAAUGGAAAACUGAAAGGUUACCAACUGAAAGGCAUGAAUUGGCUGGCCAACCUAUAUGAGCAGGGCAUCAAUGGAAUCCUGGCAGAUGAAAUGGGUCUGGGUAAAACAGUACAAAGUAUCGCUCUCCUUGCACAUCUGGCUGAGAGAGAGAACAUCUGGGGACCUUUUUUAAUAAUUUCACCUGCCUCUACACUUAACAACUGGCACCAGGAGUUUGCCAGAUUUGUACCUAAAUUUAAGGUGCUACCUUACUGGGGAAAUCCCCAUGAUCGAAAGGUCAUCAGGAAGUUCUGGAGUCAGAAGACACUGUAUACUCAGGAUGCUCCUUUCCACGUGGUGAUUACCAGUUAUCAGCUAGUAGUACAGGAUGUGAAAUAUUUCCAGCGAGUGAAGUGGCAAUAUAUGGUGCUGGAUGAAGCGCAAGCACUUAAGAGUAGCUCCAGUGUUCGUUGGAAGAUCCUACUACAGUUCCAGUGUCGAAACAGACUGUUGUUGACUGGGACCCCAAUCCAGAACACGAUGGCUGAGCUGUGGGCCCUGCUGCAUUUUAUCAUGCCUACGCUGUUUGAUUCCCAUGAAGAGUUCAAUGAGUGGUUUUCUAAGGACAUAGAGAGCCAUGCAGAGAACAAAUCCGCCAUUGAUGAGAACCAGCUGUCCCGCUUGCACAUGAUCCUGAAGCCUUUCAUGUUGAGAAGAAUCAAGAAGGAUGUGGAAAAUGAGCUGUCAGAUAAGAUUGAAGUUCUUAUGUACUGCCAGCAGACAAGUCGACAGAAGCUACUGUACCAAGCUCUGAAAAACAAAAUCUCUAUUGAUGACCUCCUGCAGUCUUCAAUGGGCACUACUCAGCAAGCACAGACCACCACUAGUAGUCUCAUGAAUCUAGUAAUGCAGUUCAGGAAGGUGUGCAAUCACCCGGAGCUAUUUGAGCGACAAGAAACUUGGUCUCCGUUUCACAUCUCCCUAAAGCCAUACCAGAUUUCCAAGUUCAUCUACCGUCAUGGACAGAUCAGGGUCUUUAACCACUCACGGGACAGGUGGUUACGGGUUUUACUUUCGCCAUUUGCACCAGACCACAUCCAGCAGUCUCUUUUCCAUAGGAAGGGCAUCAAUGAAGAAAGCUGUUUUUCAUUCCUCCGGUUUAUUGAUGUCUCUCCAGCGGAAAUGGCAAACCUCAUGAUUCAGGGACAUUUAGCCAGAUGGUUAGCUCUUUUCCUGUCUCUGAAAGCAUCCUACAGGCUCCAUCACAUGCGCUCCUGGAUGGAGACAGAAGGGGAGAAACAGCAGGGGUCAUGUUUUCUGAGGAACAGGGAUUUGUUGCUUGAUGUGAAUUUCCCGCUGUCUUCGCACAGCUGCACUUUGCUGCAGAACCUUGUCUUCAGUAGCCCCUGUAAAGCAGUGACUGGCUAUUCAGAUCAUGUCAUACAUCGAAGGAGAUCAGCUACCUCAUGUGUACGGUGCUGUCAGGUGACUGAGCUGCCGUCCUUCCUGUGCAUAGCCAGUCCACGGGUAACAGCUGUGCCACUGGAGUUCUACUGCAAUGACCGAAGUGCAGAAUAUGAGCGCAGAGCACUAAAGGAAGGAGGAAGUCUUGAAGCAAAGCAGUGUGUACUCAAUGGAGCCCCUGAGCUAGCAGCUGAGUGGCUGAGGCAGUGCUCCCGGUUCUUCCCAGAGUAUCCAGGAGGGCUAUUAGGGAUCAGACCUCAGAACGGCUGGUCUUUUAUCAGGAUACCAGACAAAGAGAGUCUGAUCACUGACAGUGGAAAACUUCAUGCUCUUGAUCUUCUGUUGACACGGCUGAAAUCUCAAGGACACAGAGUUCUCAUCUACUCCCAAAUGACACGGAUGAUUGACUUACUGGAG